AUGGGAAAGAAACGUGCGCCAGAACGCAAAGCAGAGCUGGUGGCGUCCAAAAAUGAAGCCCAGGAAAAAAAGGCGCGUAAAAAGAUCCUAAAACUUUACAAGGAAGAUAAUAUAAACUUGGCGUUGAAAAAUUUUAGGGCCGAAAUCGAACAAAAGAGUAAAACAACGGAGCACGGGAAAUGGAUUCCAUUCGAAGGUAUUAAACCUACUCCUCGCGCUCACUCCUCCUUUACAAUCCUUCCAAAUGGAACUUCUAUAAUGUUUGGCGGAGAAUUUUAUAACGGAGUUGAAGUUACGCUUUAUAAUGACACCUUCAUGUAUAACGCAAACAAGAACGAAUGGUUCAUCUUACAUACACCAGUUAAACCUAUACCAAGAUGCUCGCAUCAAGCUGUCUAUUUCAAUAAUAGGUUAUACAUAUUUGGAGGAGAAUAUAAUACCUUAAACCAAUUCCAUCACUUUAAUGACAUGUACUGUUUGUGUCUUAAAACCAUGAGAUGGUCUCAAGUUCCUGUUACUGGUGAUAUACCUAGCGCUAGGAGUGGUCAUCGCAUGGUCUUGUGGAAUGAAUACUGGGUAUUAUUUGGUGGAUUCCAUGAUAAUUCUAAAGAAGUAGCAUACUUUAAUGAUCUGUAUGCAUUCAAUUUUAAAGAAUACAAAUGGAUCUCAAUUAGCCAAAAGAGAUUUGCAGAUUCUCUUCCUCAGCCUAGAGCUAGCUCCUUAUUAGCUCCACAGUCCAAUGGCACACACAUAUUAAUGUUUGGUGGUUUUAGUAAGGCUAAAGAUAAUAAUCGCAAUGUUUCUGGAAAUUAUCAUAAUGAUUCCUGGCUAAUAAAUAUUGAGGCCGGUAUAUCGGGAAAUGACUCAGUGCUAAUCUGGGAGCGCGCAAAUACCACGUUUAAACCACCCUUUUCAACAGGAUUUGGUCAUGGAAUAUAUCGCAACUUCUGUAUCGUUUUUGGAGGUGUUAGUGAUGUUGAUGACGGAGGGUUAUCCUUGAAAUCCACAUUUUACAACCAAUGCUACUUGUUAAAUGUCGAUCAAAGGAGGUGGUAUCCUUUAACAAACAACAAUGACUCUAAAAUGAAGGAUGACGAAGAUCCGCUUAGUGAGGAUCUCAACAAGAUAUCCUUGGUCCCUGAUACUCCAAGGCCGCGCAUGAAUCCUCAUGUAGCUGUUCAUAGUAACACCCUAUUGAUUUACGGAGGUGUUGUUGAGCACAAAAAUGUCGAGAUAACUCUAAGCGACAUGUGGUCAUUUGAUUUGAAUAAGAGGGAUGCCUGGAAAUGCAUAGAUCAAGGAUAUAUACCCGAAGAGUUCUGGGAAGGAAACGACAUUGAGAGUGGAUCAGACUCUGAAGAUGUUGAAAUGACAAGUUGUGAUGAUUACUCCCAAGAUUCUAACGAAGAAUAUGACUCGGAGAUGAAGAGUUCCAGUGACAAGGAUACAGUGCCACAGGACCCAAGACCAGGAGAAAAACUAUCGGAAUAUUACAUACGUACGAAAGACUUUUGGGCAGAACAAUGCAUCAUGGAUGAAAAUCUAGAAAUGUCAGUUGUUGAGGUUCAAAAUGAUAAAGGACUUAAAGCAGAGAUCUUUAGCAUGUGUAAAGAUUAUUACAAUAAAUGUAGUGACAAUUAA